AUGGAAGACUGGCUCUACCACUCCCUCUCCAUCACCUUCUGCCUUGCCGUCUCCCUCCUCCUCUCUUCCCUCCGGCCAGUCACCGGAAAGCCGCCGCUCCCGCCCGGUCCUCCACUGCUAUCACUGAUUGGUCCGCUCAUCUUCCUUGGCCGGACCAACUUCAGCAUCGAGCGGAUCAUCAGCGCCGCCCGGUCCCGGUACGGCCCGGUCUUCACCCUCUACCUGCUCCCGUCUCGCCCGGCCAUCUUCGUCGCCGACCAUGCCGUGGCGCACCGUGCCCUGGUACAGCGUGGCGCGGCGUUCGCCGACAGGCCGCCGGCCAACCUCCCGUCCCGGAUUUUCUCCAGCAACCAGCACAACAUCACCUCCGGCGCGUAUGGCCCGCUCUGGCUCGUGCUCCGGCGCAACCUCACCGGCAAGGUGUUCCAGCCGUCGCGCCUACGCCGGUUCGCCGGUGCUCGCCGGCGCGCCGUGGCGGGGCUCGUCGCCGGCGUCACUCGGCAAAUGAGCGCCGACGGGGUAGUUGUCGUCGAGGGGCUCUUGCACCGGGCCAUGUUCCGCGUGCUCACCAGCAUGUGCUUCGGCGAGGGACUCGCCGCCGACGGCGUCGUCGCGUCCGUCGAGGCGCUGCAGAGGGAGUUCUUGACGUCGGCCAUCGGCUUCCAGGUGUUCGGCGUGUGCCCCGCGGUCACCAAGCUCGUGUUCCGGCGCCGGUGGAAGAGGAUACUGGAGUUGGGUUAA